AUGAUUAGCCCACUUCUACUUCCUAUCCUUGCAACUGCGGUCAUUGGGGCGCCGCAGCCUUCUUAUUGUCGCUGUCGCCCCAGUGAUAGUUGCUGGCCAACCACGAAGGAGUGGUCGGCAUUGAACAAGACUAUCAACGGGCACCUGGUAGCAGUCCGUCCCGUUGCCUCAGUCUGUCACCAGGCCGAGUACAAUGCAGAUAGAUGCAAGACCGUGACUAAUCUCUGGUCCGAUUCGGUCUGGCGUUCAUCUCAACCAGGUGCUGGUCAAUGGGAGAAUUGGGAAGCUUGGCCAGAGCGCAACCAGUCAUGCUACAUCGACUCUCCACAGGAUUCCGCCUGUCAGCAAGGCCGGAUCUCGCUAUACUCCGCCAAGGUGCAAAGUGCAUCGGAUAUUCAACAUGCCGUUCGAUUUUCUAGCACUCACAACCUUCGAUUGGCUAUCAAGAAUACUGGGCAUGACUUCUUGGGACGCUCGACGGCUCCCGAAUCGCUACAAAUCCUCACGCAUGCAAUGAAAGAUAUCAAGAUUUCGGAUAAUUUUGUUCCCAAGGGGUCGUCCAAGGGUGCAGGUCCUGCGAUUACGAUUGGUGCUGGUGUACAGCUUCCGGAGAUGUAUGAAGCGGUAGCUCAGCACAAUCGGACUGUUAUUGGAGGUUCCGCGCACACUGUGGGUGCUGCUGGAGGGUAUAUUCAGGGUGGUGGUCAUUCGCCAUUUGGCCAUUGGAAGGGCCUGGCAUCGGACAAUGCCUUGGAAUUUGAGGUGGUAACGGCCGACGGCUCACUCGUCACUGCAAACUCAUAUAGAAACAAAGACCUCUUCUGGGCUUUGAGAGGAGGUGGUGGUGGAACAUUCGGGGUGGUCACCAGCGUCACCAUGCGCACGUUCGAGGAAGUUCCAGUCGUCGUGUAUAACUUCAACAUAACUACCGCUGGCAGCGAUCCUCGCUUCUGGGACGCAUUCGCCGAAUGGCACGCCGCACUCCCAUCCAUCAAUGAUGGCGGGGGCUCCGGUUAUUAUUUCGGUCUCCCAAAUUACCCUCUCACUGCGAGCGUCAGCGUGUCUACUAUCAUUUCCCUGAUGAUGUUCCCCGAAAAGACAGACAUCGCCGAAGUCGACAAGCUAUAUCAGCCGCUUGCUACAAAAAUCCAGCAGAUCGGCGGGGUUCAGAUCUCGAAUGCAUCUAUCCCCUUCCCAACGAUGAAUUCGACCAUUUUUACUAUGCUCAUCGCCGGUGAAUCUGAUAGCACCGGAGGCAUAUCCAUGUUGGCGUCUCGUCUGUAUUCCAAAGAUCUCCUGACAUCUCAGGAUGGCCCCGGACGUCUGGCGAAUGCCUUCAGGAGCAUCAAGUGGAAUCCUUAUGCCGAGUUCAUCGGCCAUGUGGUUGCGGGUGGUGCCGUUGCAACUAACGCUGAUAAGGUUGACAGUGCUGUUAACCCGGCCUGGCGAAAGACCAUAUCGCAUCUGCUCUUCUCCCGAUCAUGGGCGACUAAUGCCAGUCUGGCAGAGCAGACGGCCGUCAUCAAGAACAUGACCGAUGUGGAGAUUCCCAUUCUGCGGUCUGUCGAGGGCGAAGAUCAGAUGGGAGCGUAUAUGAACGAGGCCAAUGGGUAUGAACCUGGCUUCCAGACUGCGUUCUGGGGUGCGAAUUAUCCUCGUCUGUAUAGCAUCAAACAGAAGUGGGACCCUAAAGGGCUCUUCAUUUCUCGUAAGGGUGUCGGCAGUGAAGACUGGGAUGACGCGGGUUUGUGUCGUACCUAG